AUGCCACUGGUGCUUUUUACAGGAUACCCAUGUAGUGGUAAAACGACGCUUGCCAACCAUUUAGUGCAACUACUAAAAUCCAGAAUCGAUGCGACCCCAUCAUUAAGUAAAUAUUCCAUAACUUAUCAUUCAGACGAAUCUCUGGGCAUAAAACAUUCAGAUUAUAUAACUUCGCAAGAUGAAAGAAAAUUGAGGUCGGAGAUCAUCUCCGCUGUGAAAAGAGAUCUAUCCAGAAACAAGAUAGUCAUUGUAGAUUCGUUGAACUAUAUUAAGGGUUUCCGGUAUCAACUUCACUGCGAGGUGAAAAAUUUGUCUACCACAUUUUGUGUAAUUCAAACUUUGUGUCCACCAGAGACUAUUUUUGAGUGGAAUAAGACUUCAAACCCGAACCCUUGGGAAACCGAAUUAUUGAACCAAUUGAUUCAACGAUACGAAGAGCCUAACUCAAACAACCGAUGGGAUUCUCCACUCUUUGCUAUUCUUACUCCUCAGGACAGCAUAACUGACUACAUUGACGAUAUUUGUAAAGUGGUCUUCCAGACUUCCAAAUCGGCCAAAAGCAGUGGGCACAAUGAUCCAUUGAGCAAGGGUUUACAAAAACCAAAUUCAGCCACCGUACUUAAACCUGCAUCCCAGUCCAACUUCAUCCAGGUUCUCGACGUCGAAACUAGCAAGAUAAUAAAAACCAUAAUGAACCAUAUCAAGAGUUUGACCUCUAUUGGAGGGGUAAGUAACGGAACAAGAGUCAUUGUUUCCGAAGGCAUUACCGAUAUUAAUGAUGAUGGUUGCUUUUUCGUAGACCUACCUAUUGGUAACGUCGUCACUUUAGCGCAAUUGCAAAGGUUGAAGAGACAAUUUAUUAACUUUAACAAACUAAGAGAUAUAGAUCAGGGUAGAAUCGGUCCCCUUUUCGCUGACUAUCUGAACAAAAAUUUGAAUUGA